AUGGCAAUCAACCUUAGAAUAGGUCACGGUGAUGUUGAAAAGAGCCUGGCCGAACCACCGCUCCAGCUACACUACAUUCCGGCCACGAUUGACGGUGACGGACCGGCUAAUGUGGAAAAGUUUUUCACGCCCUACACCACCGAGUGCCAGCAGGACGGAACCGUACAAAAUGCACUCCGCGGAUACCCUUUGCAGGGCAAGGCGAUGACACUUCCGGACGGGUACAAGGGUGUGAUACUGCAGGAAACGAAAAAGCCGCUCUCAAAUGAUGAGGAUCGAAACCUAACAUUCGCGGGAGCGUUUCGGGAUCUCACGUACUGGAACUACGAUCGCCACCCGUCGAGAAACGAUCCUUUGGCCAAGGCACUUAACUGGCUUCAGCUGUCGGAAGUACUGCAUAGCGAAGGGGAUUCUCCACCGAAGCAAGAGUCGGCAUCUUCGGAAAUAAACGACAAAAUAAAACCAGAGAAAGGCGUCUAG